UAGGAGACACACGACCAUGUCCUGGAGCCUGACCGCCCACCAGAAAAGACUACUCAAGUGAGUUGGACUUCUUCCACUGGAGUGAGAAUUGAAGGCUGGCAGACUCAGCCUCCAUCAUGUGGAACACCUCCGAAGCCAACUUCUCCUGCUACCAUGAGUCCGUACUGGGCUAUCGUUAUGUUGCAGUUAGCUGGGGGGUGGUGGUAGCUGUCACAGGCACCGUGGGCAACGUCCUCACCCUGCUGGCCUUGGCCAUCCAGCCCAAGCUCCGCACCCGCUUCAACCUGCUCAUCGCCAACCUCACCGUGGCCGAUCUGUUGUACUGCACCCUUCUCCAGCCCUUCUCUGUGGACACCUACCUCCACCUGCACUGGCGCACCGGCGCCACCUUCUGCAGGGUCUUUGGACUCCUCCUCUUUGCAUCCAACUCCGUCUCCAUCCUGACCCUCUGCCUUAUUGCCCUGGCACGCUACCUCCUCAUUGCCCACCCUAAGCUCUUUCCCCGAGUUUUCAGUGCCAAGGGGAUGGUGCUGGCACUGGUGAGUACCUGGGUGGUAGGCGUGGCCAGCUUCGCCCCUCUCUGGCGCAUCUACAUCUUGGUGCCUGUAGUCUGCACCUGCAGCUUUGACCGCAUCCGAGGCCGGCCCUACACCACCAUCCUCAUGGGCAUCUACUUUGUGCUGGGGCUCAGCAGCGUCGGCAUCUUCUACUGGCUCAUCCACCGGCAAGUGAAGCGAGCAGCACAGGCGCUGGAUCAGUAUAAGCAGUCAAGUAUCCACUCCAACCAUGUGGCUGGGACAGAUGAGGCCACACCUGGUCGUUUCCAGGAGCUGGACAGCGGGCGGGCAUCAGGAAGGCCCAGCGAGGGGAUUUCGUCUGAGCCGGUCAGUGCUGCCACCACCCAGACCCUGGAAGGGGACUCAUCAGAGGUGGAGGACCAUCCCAGCAGGGAGGUAGGUCAGCAGGCGGCAGAGAAAAGCCAUCCAGAAGCACCUGCCAAGAGCAGGCCGACCAAAAGGGCCCAAAGAACUCAGGACUCUCCGUCAGAGUUUGGGAAGGUGACCCGGAUGUGUUUCGCUGUGUUCCUCUGCUUCGCUCUGAGCUACAUCCCCUUCUUGCUGCUCAACAUCCUGGAUGCCAGGGUCCGCGCUCCUCGGGUUGUCCACAUGCUCGCUGCCAACCUCACCUGGCUCAACGGUUGCAUCAACCCUGUGCUCUAUGCAGCCAUGAACCGUCAGUUCCGCCAAGCCUACGGCUCCAUCCUGAGACGAGGGCCCCAGAGUUUCCGUAGGCUCCGUUAGAACUGUGUUCCCCAGUCACCAGGAUCCAGCACUGUCUCCUCCAGAACAGAGCUAAAGUGGCCAGCUGGUAGGGGAGCAGACGAAAGGAAGGCCUGUGGGCAUUUUCACAGACAACUUCCCCCCAUCCCCAAACCAGGCUUCUCCAUCCCUUGAUCGAUGCUUCAGCUCGAGGCUGCCCAAGAUGCAUUAUUAAUUAUUAAUAAAUGAAUUCUAUCCUUCUAGGGCUCAGAUGUGGUCUUUG